AUGGAACCAGUCAAUCGAUCGAUACAAAACCUUUUACCUAUUUCACGCCAGAAUUCCUCAGUACCAGCAACCGAGGCAUGUGUACCUAUCCCAUGGCUUCAAAACGUACAGAACGACUACGGGCACAUUCACGGAUACUUGGCAGUGGUAGUCUGUGUGUUUAACAUCAUUUCAACCACUAUCAAUAUGGUUGUGCUCAAUCAACCGUCAAUGAUUUCCCCUACCAACUUUCUGCUAACGAUGCUUGCACUUAGCGACGGAGCCCUCACAGCGCUCUAUAUUCCGUUUUCUAUUUAUUUUCAAAUUGGUGAUCGGCUUCAGAGCGCCACUUACGGAUGGUCUGUAUUUAUGAUAAUCUAUGUGAAUUUGCAAACACUUCUUCACUCGGCGUCUUGUUAUAUCGUUGUGACCGUGGCAUUCUUCCGUGUAUUGUACGUACGAUGUCUCGUUCGCUGUCAGGAGCUGUGCUCUAUGCAACGUGCACAUUUGGCGGUUGGAAUCACAUUCCUACUCAGUGGGAUACUCACAGUACCCUGCAUGCUUUCUCAUCACAUCGUAAAUGUGGCUGCAAACAACACUAGUGCUUCGGAUUCCUACAUGGUUACCUAUGUCGACAACAAAGCGCUACCCAACAUCAUGUACUGGAAUUCAGCUUUAUUUAUCAAACUCCUUCCACUCAUGUGUCUGGUGGUUUUGAGUCUAAUCAUCAUUGUGACUAUCCAUGGUAAAAAUGCCCAAAUGCGCAAAAUUGUAUCAAGUAAACGGUCGUCCACAAUGCCAAAGGGGUCGUCUAACCCUCCAGAAGACGGGGGUAUGCAUCAAAACAAAGGUGAAGGAAAUCCGCUGAGGAAACACGGUCGUUCGUCUGUGACGCUCAGACAGACUGAUACACCUCCAACAAAUGGCACCCACCUCUUGCGGAAUUCUGCAGCUCAAACGGAACGAGAAAAAUCUGGAUCUCGGAUGACGCGGAUGCUUUUGACUAUCGUAUUUUUGUUUGUUAUGGCGCAUCUGCCACAGGCAAUUCUCCUAUUUUUGAACGGUGUCCUUGGUGCCUGCUUCACGGAGUGUGUCUACCAACCUUUGGGAGAUUUGACGGACCUACUGACUUUGAUGAACAGUGUUGUCAAUUUUAUUCUCUACUGUUCAAUGUCACAACUGUUUAGAACUACGUUUCUAAAAUUGUUUUGCAUGUGGAACCAUCAGCGCAUACACGGAGGUAGCCUACGAACGACUAACUUGAAUUUGCGCCCCACACCUGGGGUGUGAUGAUAAUUCGAGACAAGGUUUCGAAAGCAAAAUUGAUCAAAUGUCUCUGUGAUAUUUUUGCUCGAUUACAAUGUAACUCACCUUCACCAAAACCUUGCUUGAGACAUGUGCAUUUCGAAUCUUGUUGUUCCAUUCUAGGACAGCAUGCGUUUUUGAGUAUGGACGAGAUUUUGUAUUCCUGCAUGUGCGUUUUGUGCCUGCUAUGCUGGUCUCGCAUGAAAAUAUAAAGAAUAUCAGCAACA